AUCAAUGGGCUAUGUCAAUCCAAACACAAAAGGGAAGAUCCAAGCCUCAUAACUUGUAGGAAAGCCACCGGUCCAACUCGCCGCCGCACUCACCACAGUAUCACCGGCUGGUAGUAAAUGUUCUACGACUAUCUCCAAGUUCUUUUCUCCCUCUCUCGUUCUCCUGUCUGAGCCAGAGAAACCGCCAUUAGAACUAGCCAAUUUCAAGCUCAAAAAUGGUAAAAACCAAACAACAGAAGUCUAGCAGACCUAAGAAAACCCCCCACGUGAAAAAACGGGGAAAACAGACUGAUAUCACUCAGUUCCGUGCUCAGCUUGAUGCAUUGGGCCUAAAAAUUAUCCAAGUGACUGCGGAUGGUAAUUGUUUCUUCAGUUUACAGGGCACUUGCAGAUCAGUUGGAAGGUAGUGAGGAGGAACAUGGAAAGUAUCGUAGAAUGGCGGUACAAUAUAUUAUGAAGAACCGUGAAAUGUUUGAGCCCUUUAUUGAGGAUGAUGUCCCAUUUGAUGAAUACUGCAAAUCCAUGGAAAAGGAUGGUACAUGGGCUGGACAUAUGGAAUUGCAGGCGGCUUCUCUUGUUACGCGUAGUAAUAUAUGUAUUCACCAGAACAUGUCACCUCGCUGGUACAUCCGGAAUUUUGAGCAGCACGGAGCCUGUAUGGUCCAUUUAUCUUAUCAUGAUGAGGAACAUUACAACAGUGUGCGGUCAAAGGAAGACCCUUGUGAUGGGCCAGCUAGGCCGAUUAUAAUCAAGGCUGAUGCUGAACUUUCAGCAACUUCUCAUAAAGCAAAAGCCGCAGCCAGCAAGUCUAAAGUGGGGCCUGCUAAGGAUACUAUUAAUACAGGAUCCGUCAAAUUGGUAAUGGCAGGAAGUGGUUGUGAAAAUGUUGAAAAAGUCGAACAGGUUUUACUACAAGUAGAUGGUGAUGUUGAUGCUGCCAUAGAGUUUCUAGGAGCAGAACGAGAUGCAGGUUACUACUUAGCUGAAAAUGAUUCCCUUCCAUGUCAUGUAGACACUUCUUAUGAAUGUCGAGGUGAUGGUGAAGAUAGAAACUGUGAGCAACAAACGGAAGAGCCUCUCAAGGAGACCCAGAAACAUGAACCAUCUAAGAAUAGAUUCAAACAAGCCCGUAACAGUACCAGUUCCCAGGCAGAUGACAAGAAGAUACCUAGAAAUAAGAGCUGUCCAUGUGGAUCUAAAAAGAAAUAUAAGUCUUGUUGUGGAGCUGUCAAUCGGGCACCUUCUGCAAAGUCUACGGUUGAACAAUCUCUGGACUCAAGAAAAGGUAGAAAAGAAAGGAAGCAAGGCAAGAAAGGAGGACGUCCUGAAUCAGAGUCGCUCUGUGAACCAGAGGAUGGGCUGCCUGACGUUGGUGCACUUUGUAUAUGAACUUGACUUUGAUGUUACAUGAUGGCUUGCUGAACUUCUCCUAGCAACUGACUAAUGAGGACUUCAUCUCUCUUGAAGCUCAAUUACUAUUGCUUGGGAUUCACAUCCCACCACGAUUUAUCUCAAGAUUUAAAGCUAGUGGCCAGACCCCCACCCAACCAUGAGAAGCUACAUAGAAAUGGUGCUUGUUUUCUCUAUAUAUGUAUUUCUUUCUCGGGAAAAUGGGUGUAAAUUGGCACCAAGGAAAAGAGAGACCAAUUUUUGUUUUCGGAGCAUCUUCAACACAUUGAUAAAUUCGAUACUACCAAUAGCUCCUGUACUUGAAGAUAACUUUCAGCAAAAUGCUGAUGCUUUGUGAGUAUGCCAUCCAAAUUACUUUCGGCUACACAACCAUACUUUUGUCUUAGAAAGAUGAGCAUAUUUCCGUUUAUCACAACUUAGCAAUUUCUUGGUUGUAAAAUAUGCUAUGAAGGUGAUUUUGUUAAACUGUCAUUUCGUCCUUUUUGUGAAAAACUUAAUCUAUCAUUUCCUUGAA